AUGACUCCAGCUACCGAGAAUGCUUUGAGCCCCGACUCUGUCCUUGGCUACAUGAGCAGUAGCCUCCAACCCACCACUGAUCAGCCACAAUUACUUAAAGAUGCCUCUUCUUGCAUUGCCCUACUUUCUCACGCCUGCAUGCUUGCUGUCGGCUUUCGUCUCAUAGGUCUAGGAGAAGAUCACAAAAUGGAAGCACAGUCUAGUCCUGAAAAUGUACACCCUUUACCCAGCGAAUGGAAUGCCUCUACCUCAUUUGCUUUUCGAUAUGCACACGCUCAGUCUUCUUUGGAAUUUUUGAUAAAAGUGACUCGCUUGGGCGCGAAAGCUGUCAUAUUUGGGGUAGGACUCGGCGAUGACAAGACCGCCUCAUUCGAGGUGAAAGCCCAGGAUUUUGUCUCUGAGGGCUCACUUAAGGAGGCCACGUCCGAUAGCCCAGACAGAAAAUCCGCACUCAGAAAUGUAUUCAUCUCAAAUGGUCGCAUUGAAGACUUCACUUCACUUUUCAAGACCAGCAUCAUCCAAAAAUUAGCCCCGGGCAUUCACAAGACUGGUUAUGAGGAUGCAUCUUCUGCUACUGAGCCGCCAGUACGGCGUGAGGAGCCACGGCGUGAUCCACUAAGAGACGACUAUCCUGCCCCUGCACGGCCGCAGAUAUAUGACGACCCACUGGCAGCUGCGCCUAGACGAUCUGGUCCUGCCGCUGACUUUGCUCCUCCAGGGUUUGAAGAUGAGCAUGAACUAAACAGGCCUCCACGAGGCAUGCCCUUGGGCGGCGAACCAUUCGGCAAUAUCGGAGAGAGAGAUCUCUAUCCUCCAGGCCUCGGGCCACAUGAUCCCCUAAGAAUCGGUCCCGGUGGAGGUGGUUUUCGCGGAGGUGGUGGAAUGCAUCCUACUUUUGAUGACCCUGUCUUUGGUGGUCCACCAGGACAACAGCCUUUCAAUCCUAGAGCACCCCCAGGAGCAAGGUAUGACCCUAUAGGCCCAGGCGAUGGCCCACCUAAUUUGCGUGGAGGGCCACGAUUUCCUGGAGGAGGCGGUGGGUUUCCUGGCGGCGGCAAUCCAUUUGGGGGUUUUGGACAAGGAGAUUUCAUAUGA